AUGGAGACAAGUACUGUUGACGAACGGGAGGACGUUCAAAAGAAAACCUUUGCCAAGUGGAUUAACUCGCAACUGGUCAAGAAUAACAAGCCGCUGGUGCAGGACCUGUUCCAGGACCUUCGCGAUGGCGAGGUGCUGCUCUCGCUACUCGAGAUACUCACCGCGCAGCAAUAUAGGCGCGAGCGCGGGCAGAUGCGUGUGCACCAGCUGAACAACGUGAACGCGGCGUUGCGCGCGCUCGAGGCUGCCGGCCUGCGCCUCGUCAACAUCAGCGGCGCCGACAUCGUCGACGGGAACCCCAAGCUCAUACUCGGACUCGUUUGGAGCAUAAUUCUCCACUGGCAGGUGCACUACCACCUGAAAGACCUCACGUCCGACACGCAGCAAAGUAAUCUCGAGAAGACACUGCUGGCGUGGUGCCGGACGCACACGCAGAACUACGCCGGCGUGAACAUCCGCAACUUCACGACGUCGUGGGCGGACGGGCUGGCGUUCAACGCGCUGCUGCACCGCUGGCGGCCGCAGCUGUUCGACUACGCGGCCGUGCUGCGCGCCACGCCCCACGCGCGCCUCGACCACGCCUUCGCGCUCGCCCACGACCACCUGGCCAUCGCGCGCCUGCUCGACCCCGAAGACGUGAACACGGCGCACCCGGACAAGAAAUCGAUCAUGAUGUACGUCAUGUGCCUGUUCCAGUCGCUGCCGCACGCCUCCGACGACCUGCCCGAGCCCGUCGAGAACGCGCCGGCGUCGCGGCCGCUGUCGUCGGCCACGACGGCCUCGGAGCUGGGCGGCUACGGCGCCGCGCUCGAGGAGGCGCUGGCCUGGCUGCUCGAGGCGGAGGAGCGGCUCGCCGCGCAGCCCGCGCCGCCCGCCGCCGACCUGGCCCAGCUCAAGGAGCACUUCCACGCGCACGAGCGGUUCUUGCUGGAGCUGUCGGAGCAGCAGUGCCGCGUGGGCGGCGUGCUGGAGGAGGGCGCGCGGCUGCUGCGCGAGGCGGCGCUCUCCCGCGACGAGGCCAACGAGGUGCGCCUGCAGAUGCGGCUGCUCAACGAGCGCUGGGAGCAGCUGCGGCGCGGCGCGAUGCGGCGGCAGGCGCGCGUGCACGCGGCGCUCAUGCAGGCGCAGCACCACCACCUGCAGCGUUUCAGGCAGUGGCUAACGGAGACGGAGGACCGCAUGUCGCGGAUGGAGGCGGAGGGCGCGGACGGCGCGGGCGACGAGGCGGCGCUCAAGGACACGCGCGAGCUGCACGCGGACCUGCGCCGCCAGCAGCCGCUCGUCGACGCGUUGGCCGACUGCGUCGUGGUCGUGGACGACGAAGCGCACGACGACGGUAAGGCUCGAUCCCCCGUUCGUUCCCGGCCUAUAGUCCUCGGACCGACCGUGCGAUGGUCCGCAGGCGGCGUGGCGGAGAUCGAGGACGAGCUGCGCGCGCUGGGCGAGCGCUGGUCGCACGCGUGCCAGUGGACGCUGGCGCGGCUCGGCCGGCUGGCAAGGCGCACGCAGCUGCGCAGGCGCCGCGACGCCGCCGCGCGCCUCGAGGCCGACCUCAAGCAGAUGGAGGCCAGCCCGGUGAGCGAGGUGGGCGAGGUGCUGGCGCGCAUCGAGCAGCUGCAGCGCGUGACGCGCGCCGUGCGGCUGGAGCGUCGCGCCGCCGCGCGCCUGCUGCCCGGCGCCGAGCGGCCCGAGGCGGGCCCCGACGAGCCGCAGCACGACGAGCCGGAGCCCGCUCUGGCGGAGGAGGCCGAGGCGCUGCUCGACCGCCUCGACGCGCUGCUGCUCAUUCUGGACGUGCAGGCCUCCAGGAUACGAGAAUUGGGUUUCGAAUUCGACAUCGAGACGAGCGAGGAGACGACGGAGGGCAGCCCGCCGCCUUCCGAGGCGCCGCCCGAGGACGCGCACUCGGCCAGCAAGAGGCCGCGCCUCGGCCGCGACGCGCAGGCCGGCUUCCGCGCCUUCGCCCACUGGGCGCGCGACGCCGAGCGUCAGCUGCAGCAAGCGCAGGCCGAGCUGGAGGCGGGCGACGGCGAUGAGCGGCGCGGCGCCGCGGCCGCCCUGCUCGAGCGCCUGCAGCGGCAGCUCGACGAGCAGCGCGCGGACUUCGAGCACGUGGAGGAGAUCCAGCGGCGGCUGGCCGCCGAGCCGGAGCUACAAGACGAGGCGCAGCGGCACGCGGCGAGCGUCGACGAGCUGCGGGGCCGCUGGGAGGGCGUGCGGCGGCAGCUGGCGCGGCUGCGCGAGACGCUCGAGCUGCUCGAGGAGAAGGAGCGCUUCGCGCGGCGGGCGAGGGCGCUGCGCGACGAGAUGAGCGCGCUCGGCCCGCUCGAGCCGCUCGAGAUGCGCCUCAAGGAGCUGAACGCGCACUCCAUCGUGCUGCUCGCGAAGGCGCUGCCGAGGGUGCACAGGGAGCAGGUGCAGGACGAGACGAGGCAGCUCAAGGACGAGUACGAAGAGGUGCGCGCGCGGGCGGCGGAGCGGGCCGGGCGGGAGGGCGACGCGCGAGAGGCCGAGUUCCGGGCGCUUCGGGCCGAGGUGGCGGAGCUCGAGGCCCAGAUCGUGGCCGAGCACGGCGUCGCCGCCACGCAGCAGGAGCGGGACGGGAAGCUGGAGCAGCUGGAGCGGCUAAGGGCGCGCUUCGACGAGCUGCAGUCCACCUACGAGGCCGUCGUGGAGGCGAGAAGGGAGAACUGUGACACCGGGAGCGUGUCCGGAUUUGAAUUUACGCAGCAGUAUCGAGAACUUGGUCAUGAAAUUCGCCGACUG